GAAUGUAUUUGUAAUUUUAAGAAAUAAGAGGAACAUUUUCGUAGAUUGAUCAAACCUCAAGGCUAUGUUUGCAAUUAUUGAGGCUCUUUGUUCAUUUAGUUGUAUUUUCUUUCUAUAAAAGGCACCUAUCAUUUUUGUUUCUUUAGUUGUAUUUUCCUUCAUUAAAAGGCAAAUAACAAUUAGUAUCAAACUGAGAGAGAGAACUAUGAGAUCCCUGUGCUUUAUCGCCACUGUGUGUCUUGCCGUGCUUGCACGAGUUAACAAUGCAAGAAAAGAUCCAGCGCAGCAUGAACCAAGGCCGAGUGUUAUUGCCUAUGUGGAUGGUCACAAGCCCACGAGUGAGAAAUCUUUUGUAAAAGAUUUUGAGCCAAGAUCCGAUUUUUUUCCUUAUGAUAAAUAUGCCAAUCUUAAUGUGGAUGGUCACAAGCCCACGGGUGAGAAAUCUUUUGUAAAAGAUUUUGAGCCAAGAUCCGAUUUUUUUCCUUAUGAUAAAUAUGCCAAUCUUAAUGUGGAUGGUCACAAGCCCACGGGUGAGAAAUCUUUUGUAAAAGAUUUUGAGCCAAGAUCCGAUUUUUUUCCUUAUGAUAAAUAUGCCAAUCUUAAUGUGGAUGGUCACAAGCCCACGGGUGAGAAAUCUUUUGUAAAAGAUUUUGAGCCAAGAUCCGAUUUUUUUCCUUAUGAUAAAUAUGCCAAUCUUAAUGUGGAUGGUCACAAGUCCACGGGUGAGAAAUCUUUUGUAAAAGAUUUUGAGCCAAGAUCCGAUUUUUUUCCUUAUGAUAAAUAUGCCAAUAUUAAUGUGGAUGGUCACAAGCCCACGGGUGAAGAAUCUUUUGUAAAAUAAAUUGAGCCAAGACCAAAUGUGUUCCUUUAUGCUGAUGAUGUCAAUUCUAAUGUGGAUGGACACAAGCCGGGAAAGUGAAAAAGUUCAUCACCAAUAUAAAGUUCAUGUUGUAAGUUGUCUCGUGUUUAUGUCAUUGUGUGUGGGUGGUCUUUGUAGUAUGUUGUCUCGUGUUUAUGUUAUUGUGUAUGGGUGAUCUUAGUCACCUAUCACUAUUUUUAAUGUAUGAAGGUGGGUAAGCCUGUAACUUCUUUGAAUAAAUGUAUCCAGUGUAUGCGGUCAAAUAUGUAUUUAAAUGAAAAUCAAUCAGAUAUGUUUGUUUUUAAA